AUGUCCGACCCCGCGCCCGCUCCCCUCGCCAAGAAGCUCUCGAAGGCGGAGACCAAGAAGGCCGCGAAGGCCGCGAGUAAAAAGGCCCCCGAGGCGGCCCCGGCGCCUCCGCCGACGCCGCCGAAGCCGACGAAGCCGGCCGCCUCGGGCGGCGGGAUCGACGGUAAGGUCCUCGGCGCGAUCGCGGCGAUCGCGGCGCUCGCGUUCGUCGUCCUCGGCAAGAAGGAGCCCGAGCCCGUGCCGGUCAAGGGCAAGGGACGCCGCUAG